AUGGAAGCCGACAUACUUGAUCCAAAUCUUCGUCAACAGCAAAAUUUGUAUUCCACUGAAGUACUUAGUCAGUUCUGUAACAUCCCUGACCUCAAGGAUAGCAUGAUUCGCUUUUAUAAUACUAUACAUGCGUCAGUGCAAAGGUUCGCAAAGUGGGAAUCAAACUUCAGAGAACACUCAGACGGUCUGUCGUUUUAUCGAACGCUGUUACAGUACAGUAAGGAUCUGCAUGUCCCGGAUGAGGUCCAGCAGGCCAUAGAAUGCGUCCUCAUCCUCCCCGCAAGCAAUGCCGACCCCGAGCGCAGUUUCUCUGCUGCUAACAGGCUCUCUAGAGAGGAAAGGAGUAACAUAAAGACGGAGUCUCUAGACAACAUCAUGAUGGUGCAGCGUAAUGGGCCUAGCAUCCUGACAGUCAAACUUCAACAGUUUAACACUCCAAUGGAUGCAUCCUGCACCGGGACUUGGGCUGGAUCCAGGUAUGCCAUCGAAUCUAGCUAG